UUCAGCCGGUCAUGUAUUUAGUUGAGGAGUCAAAUGUUUCUGCAAGUCGUAUGGUUCCUACUGGUCGUGUACUUGUGUUAUUAGCAUGCCGAAGUUGACAGAAAUAUUGGAAGCUUACAGGCAUCCUGAUAUCCGAAGUGCGCCUUUGACCAUCUUUACUUUGAUGUUGGUUUUCUGGAUGUCUCCCUCCUACCGAUGGUAUCAGAUUUAUCAGGUGGUUUUCUGGAUGUUUUUAUAAGUUGACAGACUUGGUUUUGAGUUGCUGGUAUGCUGGUGGCACUCUGGUUGUGAUUUGAGAUCCCAGGGCCCGUGAUGUGUGCUGGUGAUGGCUGGAGUCUUGCCAGCUCGUAUGAGUUGUGACCUGCGUGAUUGCCUAGAUGGUAUGGCCAAGUUAUACGCAGCAUUCUGCUGUGGAUCUAUGUAUUCUUUUGGGACUUGAAAUUGAACAUGAUAUGUGUUAUGUUUUGUACCAGGUACCAUUACCUAUCUGUUUUUUUUGUUUCUUUUGUUUUUUUUCCGGACACGCUAUCUGAUUUGUUAGAACUAGAAGAGUUAUGAGUCAUCUUUACAUGUUGUGGCCUUUGUACCGGAUGCAAACAAGGUUAUCCAACCUCUCUGGGGUUUCUGCUCCUGAUGGUGCUGGCAGUGGGGCUUGGAGUUGGACCAGCUUUGCUGGAGUUCUGAAGAAAUUCCUGAACUGGAUGGACACUGAAAUUUGGCAGAAUGUGCUGUGCCGCUUUUGUUCCGAAGAGCUGAUAACCAUUUCUGGUUCCAAAUGGGGACGAACCAGGAGCGGUGCCAAUUAGUGGUCCAGCUCGUAGUUGAAGUGUUCUUGUCUUGGUACUUGUCCGUCUCUGCACUUGGCUGGUAUCUGAAGAUCGAUUGGACGGCAACUUCUUUGACUCAGCAAGACGAUUGUUCAUGAAUGUAUCUACUUCUCAAUGUCUCUUAAUCCUAUGGAGAGUCUGAACUAUUCUUCCUCUGCCGUCCGGACAACUCGACGACAAGAAACAGCUAGUCCCUUAGUUAAACCCAAGCACAAGCAGACACAGAGCAACGCUCCAAACCCAGUUUUUCUCCGUGUCUUCCACCUGACCGUGUUUUUACAUAAACCCCGCCUUGGAUCCACCAUCAGAACACCACCCAUAUAUUGUGAUCUUAGCCACCGUGCCAUCGGUAUAUGCCAUCUCGUGGCGGCGACGCGCAGCGGCAGCCGGCUGUGGUGGUGGUGGCGGUCGCGGAGCCGGCAGCGCGGCAGAGGACGAGGCGGCGGCGACGCGCCAUAAUGCCGGUGAAGAGCAGCGCCAGCUUCCGGAUGACCGCGCUGCCGAUGGUGGUGACCGCGCAACUGCUGGCGGCGGCCGUGCUCGCGCUCGCGCUCGUCUGGGUGCUGCACUUCCGGGGCGGCGUCUCGUGGGAGCGGGCGUCCAACCCUCUAUACGUCUACACGGCACACCCUCUGUUCAUGGUGAUUGGCUUCGUCAUCUGCACCGGAGAAGCGGUUAUGGCGUACAGGAUCGUGCUGGGGCCGAGGGCGGCCAAGAAGGCGGUGCACAUGCUGCUGCAUCUCGUGGCAAUGGCCUUCGCCGCCGUCGGCCUCUACGCGGCCUUCAAGUACCACCACGACGCCGGCAUCCCUGAUCUUCGCUCCCUGCAUUCUUGGCUCGGGAUUGCCACCAUAGCGCUCUAUGCUCUUCAGUGGCUGGUGGCUUUUGUGUACUUUGUGUUCCCCGGGGCUGCGAUGACAAUGAGGGCGGAUUAUGCACCAUGGCACAUCUUCUUUGGCAUUGUCAUCUUCCACAUGGCCAUUCUCACAGCCGAGACUGGAUUGGCAAAGUUCAUCUUCCCCUUGAACGACUACCCGAGCGAAGCGUUCAUCAUCAACUUCACCGGGCUCGCCCUCCUCAUGUUUGGUGUGGUUGUUGUCUUGGUUGUCAUCCUUCCAUCAAGAUACUAGUAAAUGAAUGACAUGCAGAGUGUGUGGGCAUUGACAUGAUUGAUAUUGUUUGAUUUACAAAGAUUGUUGCUUUUAUAAGUAUGAUACUAGUAAUGUCAACUAAUUGUCCUUUUACCUUUUAGUUCCCUUUGCAAAGGGGAUCUUUUUCAUAUCUAUGCAGAUUGAUUUACAAAUUUGCUGUUACUGGUUGUAAUCCCGUGCAUUCGCCCGG